UUUUUUUUUUUUUUAGUUAUUGGAUAGAAAGCUGUUCUAUAAAUUAUUGAAGGAAUUUUAAGGGUUUUGAUUACUCAUGUUUAUGUGGUUUUUUAUUAUUGAAUAUGAACAACGCUGUGUGUAACUAUUUCAGAAAGUAAUGAUAGAAUUGUACAAUUUUUGGCUUGAAUUUGUGGAAAGUGCAGUAAAAAUUCUCUUUUUCUUCUUUUUUGUUAUUGCUUUGUCAAUGAAGUGCCUUUGAAAAGAAGUUAUUCAGCAUUUAUCUUUUAGAAGUUGAAAGAGACCAGUUUGGAGUACAUUUGCAGGUUUUGGAUAAGCACUGUAUGUAAUUUAUGGGUGAUAUUCGGAUUAAAAAAGAGAGAGACUUAAAAGUGAUUAAAUUAAGGUUAUCGAGGAUGUGUAAGAGGGGCCAUGAAUAAGGACAUACAAGACUCGUAGAUCAUCUCUGUAAGCAGUAGAGGAGAGGAUUCGAGAGUUCUAUAGAAAAAAAUUUCAUGGUGUACACUAUUGCGGAUGAUAUAGUAUUGAUGAAUUGCUUAUUGGUCUGAGGAUAGUAUAAUAUCUGUUCUCUCUAUUGCAUUGUGGAUUUGUUGUAAAUUUAUCAAAUUUAUGCUCAUAAUAUUUUUAUUGUCUUAUUCAAUUGAAAAAACUUUUCCUUAUAAUGAUACAAAUCUGAGAGAGAAUUGUUUUUGGUUGAUAAAAUUUGCCGAAGAAUGGGUGAGUGAUGGCACUGGCAGAGGCUAGGGCUGCUUGGCAGAGAACAGCAAACCGAUGCUUGGUCCAGGAAGAUGCCAAAAGAGCUCCGAAGUUAGCUUGCUGCUCAUCUGCAUCUCCUUCUGUGAAGCCUGUCGAUGCAGGACCUGGUGGCAUAGCUGAUGGUCAAGAUACUCCGAGCAUAGGUUGUCUGCCUCUUAAUCGGUACUCUUCAUAUUCCAAUUUAUCUCCUAAUUCAAGAUGGUGGCUACAGAAUCAACCAAAUCAUGGAUAUCAAAACAGUUUGAAGAACGAGCAGUUUAAUGCCUCAGAGGCAAAUAUGGAUAUCUGUGGCACUUUUGAUAGCUCCAGAGUCGAUGUGCAUAAUGAAGAUGAUGCUGGCCUUGUAGAUCAAAUUAGACAUGUAGAAUCCGCCCAAGAUAAUCAGUGUAGAAUCUUUCCAACUUCUGAAAAGAAAAAUUUUAGAGUUAAUGAUACUGAAAAUUUCCAAGAUCCUCUAAAGUUUGAAGACACCAAGGAUCAGAGUGAACUAACAUACCUAAGUGUUGUUGAUCUUGAAGUUUCAAACAAAUCCAAUGAUUUUUGUUUUGAUUCGGGGGGUUCUUGGAUCGGGGCCCAAAAAAAUGACCCUUGGUGGCGAACUGCAGAUACAGAAGAAUUGGCUCUAUUGGUUGCACAUAGAUCUCUUGACCUUAUAGGGAAUUGUGAUCUUCCCCAGCCUCAGCAUACUCAUGACAAGAAGGACAUAAAUGUUAAUAUAUGCUGUUUUGGUCCAGAUGGAAUUGACACCUCGUCAGAUCUUAACCGUGAAAGUUGCUACAAUUUAACAAGUCAUAUACCAGGAAGCCUUUCUGCAGAAAUUCCUUACAAGAAACAUACGUUGUCAGCUGAAGUUGAAUUACUGUCAAGUUCAGAUAAGCGAUCGAGUGAGAAUCCAACGCACAAAUGGAUGCCUGAGAUGCAUAAUUCUGAGAAUGAUCAGAGCAAGGCCGAACUACUGGAAGCAUUAUGUCACUCUCAAACACGUGCCCGGAAAGCCGAGAAAGCUGCAAAACGAGCUUGUGCCGAGAAGGAACACAUUGUGCAGCUGGUCUUUAGACAAGCAUCACAGCUUUUUGCUUACAAGCAGUGGUUCCAACUUCUGCAGCUUGAGAACAUUUAUUUCCAGAUCAAGAACAACAAAAGCCAGCCAAUAUCUACCAUUUUCCCCCUAAAGAUACCCUGGGUGCCUCGAAGAACUAAGAAAACGCGAAAUAUCUUUCAUAAGUUUGGCGGGGGAAAACUAGGUAAAAAAUCUCGUCCUCGACAUGAUAUUAGCAGAUACGCGGUUGUUUUUGCAUUGGGUUUGGGUCUUGUCAGCGCUGGUUUUUUUCUUGGAUGGACUGCAGGGUGUAUGUUACCAAGCUUGUAAUCUACACCUCUUUAGCGCUUGUUCAGAUUUUUGUGUAGAUAGGUUCCUGAAAGAGUUUGUUACCCUGUAUUUUCCCCAUGUUGUAUGGAAUCAAGAUUCAUCUUACAUUCCCCACCUCCCAAUUUCCCCUUUGUUUUCCUUGUAAGAACUUGGAUCUUUGAGUCAACUCUCUAGUUUUUAUACAUAUGAUAUGAUGAAGUGUUAGUGUACAUAUUUUGACUUGUA